AUGAGUGGCACAGCCCCCUCCCAGCGGAGUGUGACUGUGGGGAGCAGGCACACGGCGGCCUCUGGACCUCCCGUGGUCCCGGACCCCCUGGCCCCCAAGCGCGUCUGCUUCUACAAGAGCGGGGACCCCCAGUUCUCCGGCUUCAGGGCGGUCGUCAGCGGCCGCACCUUCAAGUCCUUCGACGCCCUCCUGGACGGCCUGUCCAAAAAGGUCCCGCUGCCGUUCGGGGUGCGGACCAUCACCACCCCCCGCGGGACGCACGCCGUCCUGUCCCUGGACGAGCUGGAGGACGGGAAGUCCUACCUGUGCUCCGACCGGAGGAGAGUGAAGCCCAUAGACCUGGAGGCCGCCCGGAGGAGGCCGCUGCCCUGGAACUCGGCCCUCCCGGCCAGCAGGGGGCGCCGAGCGUCGCAGCCUGCGGGCAGCAGGGCGAGGCGGGGGAGCCCCGCGGUGGUGCCCAUGCCUAAGACCCUGACCGUGUUCAGGAACGGUGACCCCAGCACCCGGCACACGGUCACACUGCAGGGGACCAGCUCCCUGACCUUCGACACCCUGCUGGGCCACAUCUCAGAGCUCCUGCAGGUCCCAGUGGUGAAGCUCUUCAGCCCCGAUGGCAGGAGGGUCGAUGGCCUUGCUGCUCUCCUGCUCUGCUCUGCGGUGGUGGCAUCCUCAGGUCAUGAUCCCUUCAGGCCUGACCGCUACAGUCCCCACAAACCGCCGCGGACCUCUCAAAGCGCCCGCCAUCUGGGGCCUGACAGGCUGCAGUCAAGGCCUCCCUACUCCCCCUCGCCUCCUGGUGACACACCCUCCACUUUUGAAGGGAAGAGCAAGUUGCUGUCCAGGAAGAACUCCAGGAACUUCUCUCCUUCUUCCGAGACAUUGUUGGCGAACCAGAUCAGUGACUCCAUGUCUGGGAGCCUUGUCAAGCCCCACAGCGGUUGCACAGUGGACACGGCUGGACUAGCCUGUGCUGGGGACACAGCUGGACUACCCUGUGCUGGGGACUGGGACGUUUCGGGAGCGGGGAGUGGUGCCCUGCUGCCCCCUGAUGUGGAUGAUAUCGAGAAGUCUUGCCGGAUAAACCAGGACGGCAGCAUGACGGUGGAGAUGAAGGUCCGGCUGAUGAUAAAGGAAGAGGAGACCAUACACUGGACCACCACGCUGUCCAGGUCCAGCACCACCUGCUGGCCGGGGGAGGGACCUGCACCGCAGGAGCCGACAGAUGAAAGGUCCCCAGACUCCAACAAUCCAAUAGAGGACCCUGAUGUUGACGGAGGCAGGGGCGGGACUAACGUACAGCUGCCCAUGCCAGUGGCUGGAGCCAGAGAUCCCAGUGAAGAAGGAGAGGAUAGGGACGCAGUGUUGGCUGAUGCUGAGAAACCCAGGAUCAGGAGGGUUCAGACCCCAGGCCCGAGGGCCCUGAGGAAGAGGCUGCCAUCCGCUGAGAGCUUCCUGUCAGAUUCAGAGGCUCUGGAGGACAUGGUGGGCGCCUCCCACGCUCACACGGAGAGGACUGCAGGGAGCACCGUGGCGGAGAAGCACAGCAGCCUCACCCAGCAGCACAGCCAUCGACCCACACCCAAACGCAGGAGCGCAGCGGCAGCUAAUCACAGAGAGCUACGUUCUGCUUUCCGGACCUCCCGGUCAGCAGAAGUCCUGCAGAUACAGAACAAUGGGAGAGAGGUCACAGAGUCGGUGCUGCACGUAUACGAGCAGCAGAGCUGCUUUGACGGCUACUUUGGCAACGCGAAGAUCGCAGGCGAGCAUCAGUCCAUGAGCAGGGAGGUCCGCAGCCGGACGUUCUCCACAGAUACGGCCCCUCGUUCCUCCGGCAACGACAACGGCCGACUACACGGGGGGCCCAGCGUCACCUCGGAACCUCCCCGCUGUGGAGAGUCUGAUCGUACUCCCACGUCACCUAAACCGUCACCUGAACCUGCAGUCCCUUCGUACAGGAUCCAGAACAGCCCGUCGUCCUCCACAGACAAUGAAGCCCGUGUCACCAUGGAGUCCCCGUCCGAGUGUUCCCUACGGGACACGGACGGCUCCGAGAGUCACGGCCUUGGUCGGGGACAGAAGAAGUCGUCGGAGAAGCUCAAAGCGAGAAAGAAGGCCUCGCCCCUGUCCCCAAUUCCAGGCAGAACCUUAGCAGAGGGCCUGAAGGUGGACCUCAGAGGCGUCAGGCAUGUGAAAUCCGCCUCAGACGUUGCACACAGCCGAGAUGGAGUAAGAGCUGAGGGGGGUGCAGAACAUGAGCAAAGACAGCUUCGCAAAAUAAAAGAGAAAAAGAAAGGAAUGAGGGACAGUGAUGACAUAUCCAAAAGCCACACCCUGUUGGUGAACAUUAAGCACCAGAGAGAAUCUGCAAAAGAGCUAAAUUUAACAGAGGGGACGUCCAUCACUGAGACUAAGCUCAACCUAAGCACAUUUGCAAAGACAGAUCUGUUAGACAUCCAACCUCCUCUUUUGGUCCGAAAAAUGCUGGUGAAGCAGUGGUCAAUGAACGAGGAGAGAAGAGGAGCGAGAGAAACAGGGGAGCUGAGCGAGAGCGUGUCAAUGCCCGUUCUGCACUCCUGUCCCUCUGCCGUCACUGAGUACGUAGGAAACUGGCUGGAGAAAAUGACACCACCGGAUGUCGCUUCCUGCAUAGAUGACGCGAGUGUCACGGAGUCAGCGGAGAGGGUGCAGUUUCAGAUCGGCUGCGACUCCUGCGAUGAGUCCGAGGCAAAGAGCGAAAUGAAGUCGGCCCCAAAGGAACACUCGACCUCUGAGCACGACACUGAGCGACUAUCCUCACAUCCGCCCACUGAGGGAAGGUUUCAGCUGGGACCUGAGCGUGAGCUGCAUAUGAGGAAAAGCACAGGCGUGUCAAAGUCCGACGUCUGCAUGAAAGGACCGAAAGUCAAAAUGCACAAGUCGGCUGAAGCUCUCAUUCAGUCAGGAACGGAAAUGCCUUUAGCCUCCGAGGUUGCCCAAGAGCCCCAAAUUAAACCCUUGCUGGAGCAGCUGUGCUCAUCAAUUCAGUCGAUAAAUCAGAUUUCCCAGCGCGGGCACACCCCUUGCCUUGCGAUGUCCCACGGCGUGCCGGACUUCUCCUCUCUGGUGGCCUCCAUAUUCGGGUCAUCCUCCAAAAUGCUGAUUGCCUUUCUAUCUGUGCUGGCCUUAAAGGAAGCCGUUGCAAGCCUGGGCAGAGACCUGCCGCCUGCGAAGGACUGGAGUGUCUCCGAGGCCUUGCAGAUGAUGAAGGCCCUGCACAAACUGGCCAGCUUAGAAAACACAGAUGAACUGCAGACGGGCCUCUCAGACCUGCACAGGUCGGCCUCGUCGGAGCUGCUGCAGAGCUGGAGGAGCUUCCAGGAGCUCGGCAGCCUCGCUGACAGUCAGGAGGACUUUGGGUCCUCAGAACAUCCGACUCUGUCUGAGGAGAGCAGCCACCAAGAGGGAUAUCCGUAUGGAUUCCAAGAGCUGAUGAAGGAACUGGAUAUCUCCAGCGAUCUGCAGAGAGAACUUUCCGGCUUGGUUAUGGGGGAGAUGAUGAAUGAUGUCGACAGGAAUGAGGCACCGAUGGAGAAGUCAGAAGAGGCAAGCAGUUCUUUUGAAUCAGCAACUAAGGAAGAUUACCUUGUGGAAUCUGUCCAAGGGAUAGGUGACAGUGACUUUGCACAAUCUGUGGCAGAGGAUGAAGUCACCGACUCUGUACGGUCCCUUGCAGAGGAAGUCCAUGACUGCACACAGUCUGACCUGGAGAAAGAAAUCAAUAGCUCGGAAGAGUCCAUCUAUGAGGAAAAGGACAAUGACUCUGCAACGCCUGUCCAGGAGAGAGAAGCUGAUAAACUUGAAGAAUCUGCUUUAGUGGAAGAGGAUGAUUCACAGGCUACUCAGGGGAAGAGUAUGAAUGAUCAUGCACUGUUUCUCCGGGGAAAUCACAUUGAUGGAUCAGUCUCUGAAGAGUACAAAAGCACAGAAGAUGAUAUCACCAGAAACUAUGCUCCAAGCAUCAGGGUGGAUGCAGAUACUGAAAAAUGCAAGCAUUCAACUUUAGAAGAAGCUGGCUACUUAGAAGAGAGGGGGAGUCACACAGGAGAGCCAGUCAUCUCUGUUGGGCAGGAAAAAGAGUCCAGCUACAGGCAAAUGGAGGCUUGCUUUUUACAAAUGGGCACAGUAUCAGAAGCAUUUCAACUUUCUUCCCCUGUACAGUCAAAGAAGGGCGAGUCUGCAGUGGGUGAUUCUGAAGACAGUGUGAGAAUGGCUAAGCUCCAAACUGGGUCAGAGGAACAUGAAGACCCCAACUCUGCAACCAUCUCUCACUCCGUGGAGAUCCCGGAGGCCCUGCUGGAGUACGUGAGAUCGGUCCUCAUGUCCUCCUCACUGGUGUUCAUCCACGACUCCAGGGGACACGUGCGGGUGGAGUCGGAGAGGCCCUGUGACGGGUCGGUGAAGGGAGUGCCCCAGUACGGGCAAAAACAACUGCCCAGCCCCAGCAUGUCAGACCUCUCAGACUACAGAGAGACAUCCGAGAGUGACAGGUGCCUGUCACAGCCAUCAGUGGAGCUGACCUCGGAGAGUGAGGGGGAAGGGUCUGGAGUUCGGCCAAUCACUCAGGGCUUCGUGGAUAGAUCAGAGGGAGGGAAUGACACCAACCUGGAGGAAGUUGAGGAAUAUCAGGCAAGCAGCCUCAGCUCCUACCCUGAUGGAAGGACAGAGGAGACGGGAGGUGCGUCUCGAGGCCAAUCCCCCGAACAUGCCACUCCCCGCAUGGAUGACGCCAUAAGUGAUGGGGUGCUGAUCGACAAAGGCAAAUGGCUCCUGAAGGAGAACCACCUAAUCAGGAAGUCUCCACCGGUGCCUUCCGGAAUGUACGGGAAUGUCGAGACCACGUCAGCAGACACCACGCAGGAUGACGUGAGCGAAGACGUCCCGUGCUGCAUCCAGCCGGGGAGCCACCGCUCGCCCAUGGCGGUCUUGUCCUCCUCUGAGCUGGAGGAGCUGGCCGGCCCAGCGAUGCCUAAGUGCUCUUACUUCAACAUGUCGCACGGCAGCGACUCCGAGCCCUUCCGGGAUGAGCUGAGCGACGGCAGCGGGAGGAGUCUCAGCGGCCACAGGAGCGGGAAUGGGAAGGCCACUCAGACAAAGACGGAGCCGGGGGUGUCCCCGUCCCAUGAGCACCGCCAAACACGGGCUAAGAAGUGCGGCAGCCUGUCUUCCUUUGCCUCCGUGGAGUUCAAGAUGGCGGACAACAAGGUGCACCCCCAGGCCCGGCCAUCGGGGGGUGGGCCCGUGGAGAGCCAGCCUGGCGGAGCUUCAAACAUAGCCAGCCAGACGCUCCAAGAGCAGGACUCCCUGGAGAAACUUCACCUGGUGUGUGGCCAGCACUGCCCCAUACUGUAA